AUGGUCCAAGGUGCUGCAAGGCCCGACUCCGGCAGCUCUAGCCGUGAAUACGGCAUUACAUUGGAAUGUCAACCUCCCGCUGCCGCUCGCCCUGCAGUCCCCUUUACCCUACCAGUGAUCGUUGCAGUUCGAGCCGUCGGUACAUCAAGAGGCGAUCCGGUUCAGCAGCUUGGCGUCAGUGUGUCGCUGAGAAACGAGGCAGGAAAUGCCCCUUGCGCCGGACUGACGGGCACUUUAACAGCGACCGUGUGUAGCCGCCGCGGAAACACCAUGAGCGGAUUUGGCAGUUUUAGGGGGCUCACGAUCUCCCAGCCGGGACGGUACCGACUACGGGUCAUGUUGGCAGCUGCUCUUGAGGGUGGGGUGGCAACCCGAGCAUAUGUUGAUUCGGACGUCAUUGUUGUUCAUUCUGGCGCUCCCAGAGCUCAGCGGCCCAGUCCAACACAGGUCGCAACAUUCCAAAGACUCGUCCAAGAGAAUAUUGGCAUAUCGGCCGCCGAUAUUGCGGCCUGGCAGCAAGCCAAUGUCUCGGACUAG